CCCUGGAGCUGAGCAGCCUGGCAACGGCGGUGGCGCCGGGAGCCCAAGAGUUUCCAUUAUGGCCUCUGCAUCAACUUCUAAGUAUAAUUCACAUUCCUUGGAGAAUGAAUCCAUUAAGAGGGCAUCUCAAGAUGGAGUGAAUCAGGAUCUCAGUGAGACUGUUCCUAGACUCCCAGGAGAAAUGCUAAUUACUGACAAAGAAGUUAUUUACAUAUGUCCUUUCAAUGGCCCCAUUAAGGGAAGAGUUUACAUCACAAAUUAUCGUCUUUAUUUAAGAAGUUUGGAAAUGGAUUCUGCUCUAAUACUUGAUGUUCCUCUGGGUGUGAUCUCAAGAAUUGAAAAAAUGGGAGGCGCGACAAGUAGAGGAGAAAAUUCCUAUGGUCUAGAUAUUACUUGUAAAGAUAUGAGAAACCUGAGGUUUGCUUUGAAACAGGAAGGCCACAGCAGAAGAGAUAUGUUUGAGAUCCUCACAAGAUUCGCCUUUCCUCUGGCCCACAGUCUGCCAUUAUUUGCAUUUUUAAAUGAAGAGAAGUUUAAUGUGGAUGGGUGGACUGUUUAUAAUCCAGUGGAAGAAUACAGAAGGCAGGGCUUGCCCAAUCACCAGUGGAGGAUAACUUUUAUUAAUAAAUGUUAUGAGCUCUGUGAUACUUACCCUGCUCUUUUGGUGGUUCCCUAUCGUGCCUCAGAUGAAGACCUCAGGAGGGUUGCAACUUUUAGAUCCCGAAAUCGAAUUCCAGUGCUGUCAUGGAUUCAUCCAGAAAACAAGACGGUCAUUGUGCGUUGCAGUCAGCCUCUUGUUGGUAUGAGUGGUAAACGAAAUAAAGAUGAUGAGAAAUAUCUCGAUGUGAUCAGGGAAACUAAUAGACAGAUUUCUAAACUCACAAUAUAUGAUGCAAGACCCAGUGUUAAUGCAGUGGCCAACAAGGCAACAGGAGGAGGAUAUGAAAGUGAUGAUGCAUAUCAUAACAUAGAACUUUCCUUCUUAGACAUUCAUAAUAUUCAUGUUAUGCGGGAAUCUUUAAAAAAAGUGAAAGACAUUGUUUAUCCUAAUGUAGAAGAAUCUCAUUGGUUGUCCAGUUUGGAGUCUACUCAUUGGUUGGAACAUAUCAAGCUUGUUCUGACAGGAGCCAUUCAAGUUGCAGACAAAGUUUCUUCAGGGAAGAGUUCAGUGCUCGUGCACUGCAGUGACGGAUGGGACAGGACCGCUCAGCUGACGUCCCUGGCCAUGCUGAUGUUGGAUAGCUACUACAGGAGCAUCGAAGGCUUUGAAAUACUGGUACAAAAAGAGUGGAUAAGUUUUGGACAUAAAUUUGCAUCUAGAAUAGGUCAUGGUGAUAAAAACCACGCUGAUGCUGACCGAUCUCCUAUUUUUCUUCAGUUUAUUGAUUGUGUAUGGCAGAUGUCAAAACAGUUCCCUACAGCUUUUGAAUUCAAUGAACAGUUUUUGAUUACAAUUUUGGAUCAUCUAUACAGUUGCCGAUUCGGUACUUUCCUAUUCAACUGUGAAUCUGCUCGAGAAAGACAGAAAGUUACAGAAAGAACAGUUUCUUUAUGGUCACUAAUCAAUGUCAAUAAAGAAAAAUUCAAAAACCCCUUCUACACAAAAGAAAUCAAUCGAGUUUUAUAUCCAGUUGCCAGCAUGCGUCACUUGGAACUCUGGGUAAAUUACUACAUUAGAUGGAACCCCAGAAUCAAGCAACAACAGCCAAAUCCAGUGGAGCAGCGUUACAUGGAGCUCUUGGCCUUACGUGAUGAUUACAUAAAGCGGCUUGAGGAAUUGCAGCUUGCCAAUUCUGCCAAGCUUUCUGAUCCCCCAACAUCACCGUCCAGUCCUUCACAAAUGAUGUCCCAUGUGCAGACUCACUUCUGAGGGGGAACCCUGCUGGCACUGCCUUUGAGCUCUGAAUAAAGGAAUUAGUUGACUUUCA